AUGUCAAGUCAAGAAGAAAUGGACGGAAGCACGGGACCUGUGGAUAAGGCCUCAAAGGAGACACCGACUAUACCUUCAACAGGAGAUUCAUUAGAAGUUAAAAGAGGCGCCGCACGUCGUAAUGUACGGCCAAGAUCUAGGGCAUGGACUCAUUUUGACCAGAUUUUUGACGCAAAGAAAGUUGUGGUAGGUGCUCAGUGCAAGCAUUGCAAAAAGCAAUAUGCUUGCCAUACAAAACGAAACGGUACCUCAUCACUUCUUGCUCAUAUGAGUAGUUGCAUGAAAAACUCUGAAAAUGUGGAUGCGAAUCAGUCUUUAAUAAACGUGCAACCAGAAAAAGAGGGUGUUGUUGGGUCAGGUUCGAUAUCUAAUUGA